GCUGUCUGUAUUUAGUCUAACGGAGCAUGUAAUGAAGCCAUUAGCCUCAGUCACGAGUCACGACCCAUUUUACGCACCACAGACGCACGAGCAGACAGGCCAGGCCCGUUUAGCUGUCGCUUUAAGACCCAUUUCCCCCCAUUGUCAAACAGUCGUGAGCAGGAAAAGAGAAACACGAGAGGGAGAGGCAGAGAGACAGAGCGAAGGGGGGGCCCACGUAUUUAUACCACGAUGCUUCACAAUAACACAGGUUUUACGUGGAAGAGAAUGACCACUGACAACUCUGUCCAGAAAUACCCAAAACGAACGAGAUGCUCUAAGCUUGGGUAGUGCAUAUUCAGGCGCUGUCUGAAUUGAUGACUUGGAGGUGUCACGGCCUCAGGAAAUAAUGACAUUGCCUUCUACCGCCUCUACCCACAACACUUCUUGUCUUGCGGCCAUUUCGACUGACUAGCCUCUUGAAUUGUCGCGCUGGAGCCGGAGCUGUGUGCGAACAUCGGGGUGCGUCUGCGGGAGAGCGUGCGUGGAGCAGGUGCAGUCCUUCACUGUCUGUGUGCGCACUGUAGGCACUAGGCUGCAUUAUUGUCUUCAUCGAAUCGACUUGAGGUUUUCAAAUGACGUCCACUAUAGAGAGGAAGACACUGGAGGCCAAUGAAGAACCGGUGGACGAGGUGCUGCAGAUGCCCCCCUCCCUCCUGACCUGUGGGGGAUGCCAGCAGAGCAUUGGGGACCGGUUCUUCUUGAAGGCCAUAGAGCAAUACUGGCACGAGGACUGCCUCAGCUGCGACUUGUGCGGCUGCCGACUCGGGGAGGUGGGCCGACGACUCUACUACAAACUGGGGAGGAAACUCUGCAGGAGAGAUUACCUCAGACUCUUUGGACAGGAUGGGCUGUGUGCUUCCUGUGAGAAGAGGAUCAGAGCAUUUGAAAUGACCAUGAGGGUGCGAGACAAAGUAUAUCACCUGGAAUGUUUCAAAUGUGCUGCCUGCCAAAAGCACUUCUGUGUGGGCGACCGCUACCUGCUCAUCAACUCAGACAUAGUGUGUGAACAGGACAUCUUUGAGUGGACUAAACUCAAUGGAAACGGCCUGGUAUAGGACAUCCUGCUGUCCUAUAAGCUUUUAAUGGGACGCACAGACAGUUUAAAGUCUC